AAUCGAUUUCUCGUAGCAUCCGUGCUGUCCUGUCGCUUCGUAAUUUGUCUUCAACUGCUGUGGACUAUUCACUACUAUGGCGCAAGAGCAUAUAGCGAAACAAUCGACUUGUACAAAGGAAGCUGUUUUGUUAUUCAGAUAAUUGCCAAUUGAUUUUUUCGUUAGUAACCAACACUAUUUUGUAAAUCCGAGACUUGUUCUUGACCCUAUUUUGUCGACAAGCUCGAAUAAUAUGGAGCGACUUAGCAUCGUGGAAUUCGAAGGCCUACUCCGUGGAGCAGCCGAGUAUGACGUUUUAAUCGCAGACCUUUUGCUUCCGUACGUUUUGGAACGUGGGUACGUCUCUAUCGCUGACUUCGCGCAAUGUCUUGCAGAUCCGGGCAUGCCUCGGCGCCAAUACGAAAUGAAUUUUCUCUCUGCGUUUCAGGGCUGCGAGAACAGCACACGCGAAAGAAUACGAGUUUUACAUGAUACGGAUCAUGUUUACUUCGUCAGCGAAACAUACGAAGAGGAGUUGAAGUUUGCGGUCUGUUUUUUGCGUUGGCGCGUUUUCGAUGCAGCAAAUUCGACGCUAUACAGCGUGGGCGACGCGGCAGACACGGAGAUUGAAGUAGGUGGCGUUAGACUUCAUCGAGGAAACUGGAUGUGCCUUCGUGUUGUCUAG